AGCGAGCAAGAGGGUUGAUCACAAACUGACCACUAGAGGGCGGCCUUUCAGUAAAUUGGCUGAAAAAGUAAAUUGCGGUGACGCCAUGGUGAUGGUAAACUAGAGAAUCCCAUUUGCAAAUCACUGAACUUUGAAGUCGGACACAAAGAUCUGUGACUGAACGUCCGCUUCAUUGAGGCAUGUCACAAUGUUACUCACGUAACCAACAUGUCGAGAAAACCUGUGAGAAAAGUCCCAGACAGCUUGGAGCUGAUAGAGAGAAUUCUCCAGCGAACAACACUUACGACCCAGAAAGUUGGGCACAAGACCGUCGAAGAUGUUGGUGGUAAGGUAUAUUACGACUUCUUAGACUUCACUCGGAAGGAGAGGGACAAUGCUGUGGAUAACGCAGUCAGAGAAACACAGGAAGCGGCCGAUAGGAGACUCAAGAAACGUCUUGAGGAAGCUCGCAAGAAAGCAGAAGCUGACAAAAAACAAGCGUUGGAAGAAGCCCGAUUGGAAGCAGAACGUACAGCUGCUCGUGUUGCCGAUGCAAGAGAUCAGUUGGAGGCGGAGAGGAUUGCUAAGCUGACGUGGGCGUUCAAGAUCGAGAAGGAAGACGCUUUACAGAAACAGUGGGAGGAAUGUGAGCGUAUCAAGAAGAAAGCCGUGGAAGACGCGAUCGCUGCGACGACGAGGAGACUGCGCAAGGAGUUUGCGCUUGAGAAGGAACUAGCUGUGGCCAAGGCUCUGUCUCUAGCAAGGGAGAAGUUCAAGAAACGAUUGGAGGAAGCAAUUCGAGCCACCAGGGUGGAAUGUGAGCGAAUUGCAGCAGAGGAGGCGGCGAGGGUAGCUAAACUUCACAGAGAGGAAGUCUUGAGACUGGAACAUAUAAUUGAAGACUUACAGCGGCAGAUUUGUGACGAGAUUGAAGCACGAGAGAUGGUACAAAAUGACUUCAAGGCAAUCCAACAAGAUUACCGUCGUUUCCUUGACUACACGGACGGUAAAUACCACUCUGAUUAUCUGAUGCGACUUCGUAAACACGGAAUGCGAUACGACGUGAACUGGGACCGUCGCAGCAGUGAAGACGUGGACAUAUUUCCCCUGCCGACAUUUCUCCACAAUUACACCAGACAAGGCAAGGUUCGAGCCGACGACCCAUCGGCUAAAGUCAACCGGUUUGUUGCGGUUCAUUCCAGAUGACAGGUAUUCGUACCAGUUUAUUCUAGUUUGCUCACAUAAAAACUACAUGUGAGUCAACCGGUUUGUGGCGGUUCAUUCCAGAUGACAGGUACUCUUACCAGUUUAUUCUAGUUUGCUCACAUAAAUACUACAUGUGAGUCAACCGGUUUGUUGCGGUUCAUUCCAGAUGACAGGUACUCGUACCAGUUUAUUCUAGUUUGCUCGUAUAAAAACUACAUGUGAGUCAACCGGUUUGUGGCGGUUCAUUCCAGAUGACAGGUACUCCUAUGAGAUCGCAUAUAAUGUGACAGGCCCUUAAGCACAAUACAAGAGAGCAACGAUAUUUGUACGUAUUACCUGAGAUGAGAUCCUUACCUUUAUUUUGGUGCAGUGAUAGAGUAUAUGCAAAGGCUUUAUAUGUACAAGUAUGCAAAAAAUAUUAAGUGUUGAACAAUUUUGUAGAAUAUUUACCUUUUACGAAAAGACAAGGACGAAGAGUCAUGUGAAUGUUUUA